UUGAAGAGGUUACCGUGCUUUAUCUGCUUUGGCAGCAUUAUAAAAAGAACAAAAAAACUCGGCGCACUAGAAGAUGGGGCGUGCGACCACUUAAUUUAACUCGACUGGAGGAUGGGGAAUUUGUGUCCCUGGUGUUGCCAAUGCGUGAGAAGGAUCCAGAAAAGCACUUCGGAUACUUCCGAAUGUCAGUAGCGACCUUCGAUUGUCUACUCGCCCGGGUCAUGCCCUUCAUACAGCACGGGGAAAGUCACAGGUCACCGGUGGGCCCGAUGGAGCGUCUGGCAGUGACCUUGCGGCACUUGGCACACGGCAUCUCGCAGAAUGCUCUGGCAGGCAGCUACAAACUGGGCACAGCGACGGUCUGUCAAAUAGUCAAGGAGGUGUGUCUUGCUUUGUGGGCAGUGUUGCAAGAGGAGGUGAAGUUCCCCACCAAUUGGGAACCAAUCCGCGAUGGCUUUUGGGAGCGGUGGAACUACCCGAACUGCGUCGGAGCCAUCGACGGAAAACAUGUUCGAAUCAAAGCGCCAGCCAAGAGUGGGAGUAGUUUCUUCAACUACCGGGGCUAUUUCAGCUUUGUGCUUAUGGCGGCUUGUGACGCGAAGUACAGGUUCACCUAUGUACAUGUUGGGGCCCACGGUAAGGAGAGCGAUGGUGGCGUCCUCUCCAGGAGCAAGUUUGGCAAAAAGUUGAUCGACGGUUCCCUCCCACUGCUGCCGUGCGCUCCUCUGCCAGGGACAGAUGUGUUGACCCCUCCUGUUUUCGUCGCGGAUGAGGCUUUCCCGCAAAAGAUCAACCUGAUGCGCCCAUAUCCAGGAUCUCAACAGCUGUCUCAUGACCAAAAGGUCUAUAACUACAGGCACAGCAGAGCCAGGCGGGUGAUUGAGAACUCUUUCGGCAUUCUUGCUGCCCGGUGGAGAGUGAUGGCCCAUGCCAUUGAGUCCUCUGUGGAGACAGCAGAGGUAGUGACCAAGGCCUGCAUCGCUCUUCAUAACUUCCUGGCCAAAGGAGAUGAGGGCCUGCCAGAGGAAAGGCAGUACAUCCCCCCUGGAAUGGCUGACAGGGGUGGGGUGCCUGGAGAGUGGAGGGUGAUUGUUCAGCAAGACACCAACCUCACACCGGCCCGUCGCAUCACAUCAGCGAGGUCCACCCAGGAUGGGUUGGCUGUGAGGGAAAUAUUCAAAGAGUAUUUCCAGACAGACCAGGGAAGGCUGGAGUGGCAGGACCAGCAUGUGCGUCGCGGCACACUUCUUAAUAUUUGA